AUGCUUCCUCAGCGAAUGAAGAAAGCCGUUACUGAUAACCCUAAAAAGCUCGCAAACUUGAUCGAUCUCGUUAACCUUCCUCCCACUCUCAGAGACUUCGUCGGUCAAUCUCAGACUUCUCGAUUAACCUGUUUCAUGCGUGUUUGGUCCUACGUCAAAACCAACAAUCUUCAGAUUUUGGGGUUCUUAAACCUUGGUUGGGUUGCAGGACUUCUACCAUUUCAUCUUGAUUUGCUAGGUUUGGUUCAGCAUUUCCUUCUACUUUUCUUGGAUAUUGAUAAGAAGGAUGUUUCUCUUAGCAAAUUCAAGGGGAAGGUUCUCUUGAUUGUCAAUGUUGCUUCACGAUGUGGCUUGACAUCAUCAAAUUACACAGAACUCUCGCACUUGUAUGAAAAUUUUAAAGAUAGAGGUUUGGAGGUUCUAGCUUUCCCUUGCAAUCAAUUUGGCAUGCAGGAGCCUGGAUCAAAUGAAGAAAUUAAGCAAUUUGCUUGCACUAAGUUCAAAGCAGAAUUUCCAAUUUUUGAUAAGGUUGAUGUAAAUGGACCAUUUACUGCUCCAGUAUACCAGUUUCUGAAAUCAAGUUCCGGGGGCUUUUUUGGUGAUCUUGUCAAGUGGAAUCUUAAUUAA